AUGAGUGUCCGAGUCGUCGCACGUGUCCGCCCACUCCUCAAGUCCGAGCGAGACUUGGAUGUCAUUCUGCGCACAGGAUCUUCCGCCCCGGCCGACUCCAAAUCACGCCUGUCCAGUGCUGGCGACAAGACCGAGAAGACCGACAAGAAGCUGGCAGCUCUCCGGGACAGAGACAACGUCGUCCGCAUCCCCAACCCAAAGAACGAGGGCGAGGAGUAUGCAUUCCAGUUCAAUGGGGUGUAUGAUGCUCAGGUAUCGCAGCAGGAGCUGUUCGAUGCGGAGGUCGCACCGACAAUCAAGCACCUACUGAACGGAUUCGACGUGACCAUAUUCGCAUACGGAGUGACCGGAACCGGUAAAACGCACACAAUGCGCGGUGGAAAGACCCUUGCAGACCGUGGUGUGAUCCCGCGACUGUUGAGUGGAGUUUAUAGACGCAGCAAGAAGAUCGAGAAGGAUAGCGAAGGGGAAACCAAUGUUCAGGUGGCUUUGAGCUAUUAUGAAAUAUACAACGACAAGGUGUACGAUUUGUUCGAACCGCCAGAGAAGCGCACGAUGGCUGGUCUCCCUCUUCGCGACAAUGGUGGCAAGACCGUCGUUUGUGGGCUGAGCGAGAAACCCUGUACAAGCUUGAAGGAGUUUGAGCAGCUCUAUGACCAAGCCAACACCAAUCGGUCUACCUCGGCCACAAAGCUCAAUGCGCAUUCAUCCCGGUCACAUGCCGUUCUCGGUGUCAAAGUCACAAUCACAUCACCCGACAAGGUUCGCGUGAGUACUGCUUCCGCUAUCGAUCUCGCAGGUUCAGAAGACAACCGACGGACAGAGAACGACAAGGAGCGCAUGGUCGAAUCAGCGAGCAUCAACAAGAGUCUAUUUGUCCUGGCCCAGUGCGUUGAGGCCAUCAACAAGAAGCAACACCGCAUCCCGUACCGUGAAUCGAAGAUGACGAGAAUCUUAUCUUUGGGACAGAAUAAUGGACUGACUGUCAUGAUCCUUAACCUCGCCCCUGUGCGAUCCUACCAGCUGGAUACUAUCAGCUCCUUGAACGUCGCCAACCGCACGCGCAAGAUCGAGGUUCGCGAGGUAGAGAACGACCCGAUGUUCAAGGGCCCUGCGCGACCUGCCCCUCGCCCAUCUGUGGCCGGUGUACGACAGCCUUUGCGGGCGUUGACAGCUUCAGUGAAUGUGAACAUGCCAGCGCCCCCCAAGGAUCCAGCAGAGAAGGACGAUUCAAAGCCGGUGAAGGCGUUCAGUGUUUACUCGGAUAAGCCACAACCGAAGCCCACGAGUCAGCUUCGCAAACCGGAUGCGCCAAAACGAACCUCCAUGUCCAACACCGCUUCUCAUCUCCCCACAAAAGCAACGCGCCAGCCUCUAGGUGCCCAAUCUGCGUCUCACCAAGCUGAUAUAUCGGCUGCCAAGAUUGAGGAGAUGGUCGAGAGGAAGGUGGAGGCCAUCAUGGCCCAGCGUGCUGUCAGUGAGCAAUCGAAGCAGUCUCAAAUCAAUGAGUUGAAUGAGCAGCUUCAAAAGCGACUGGAGCAGUUAGAGCAGCGCAUCGAUGGCACAGAAGAUGCUCGUGCGGAGGGGCUGUCUUAUUUGCUGAUGGCCAAGCAGCAUCAAGCACGUGGCGAAGACAGCUCAGCGCUGAGAAUGUAUCAGCUUGCUGCUCCGCAUUUCCCCCAUAACACGAAGCUGGCAGGGAAGAUUGCCACUCUGAAGGAGCGAGUCCAUUCUAAGGCGUGGGAGCAGAAUGCUCCUUCUCCCAAGGGCAGGCUUGGCAGCAUGCUCUCGCUUAAGAAGGAGCCCAGCCAUACCCUCGGCAAGCGCCAGGCUCAAGAUGUAGACGGUGACUACGUGGACCGCACCGGUGGUUUCUCAAGCGAUGAGGAAGUGCCUCGCCACCAGCACAAGAAGCGUGCGUCAGCAAAGCUUGCCCAGAUUGAGGAGGACCCGGAAGUCCUCGAUAGCGAGGAUCCGUCUGUCUCUCCUCGCACCCUGCACUUGCUAUCGAUCAUCAACUCACGCGAUGUCAGCCAAAUCAAGUUGCUCAAGGGAGUUGGCGCCAAGAAGGCAGAGGCACUUGUUGACUGCCUCUGCGAGAUGGACCAAACAUCAGAUACCGACAGUGGAGCUUUUCCAGAGUCCCAGUACCAGGUCAGCAGCCUGGCAGAACUAAGUCAGUUGAAGGGAGUUGGGGUUAAGACAGUGGAGAACAUGAGACAGGGCGUUUUGGCUUGA